AACAGAAAAGAAAAGAAAAAAAAAAAUCUCAUCCAGACCCUCUUCCAGAUCGUCCUAUGUCGGAAGUCACGAGCUCAGUGAUGAUGAUCCAAUUUCAAAACAGGGGAAGUAAAUCGAUUUACGUGUGGCACAAUGGCGGGAAACAGACGAAGAAAACAAAGAUGUUCUAUGUGAUACUGAGACAAGCAAAGUGUGUCAGCAAUGAAAACAUGCUGUCAGAUGUCUGAUAUAAAGAUUAAAAAGAAGAGAAGUCAUGGCCUAUUAUACACCUCCAGAACGUGACCAGUUUGAAGAAAAUGUUGGGGCUACUGUUAUGAUUCAACAUUGUAAGCAGUCAGCAGAGAGUAAAUUACAACAACAGGACUAUGCUGGAGCCUAUGAUGACUAUAGUUAUGCAAUAAAGGUAGCAUGUGCUAUACCUUUUGUUGGAGAGGAGAUGCCAAAACUACUGUGUAACAGAUCGAUGGUUCUCCUGAAAAUGAGGAGAUAUACAGAAGCUAUGGCUGAUGCCAUGACCAGUAUCAAUGGUUUUCCAUAUUGGAUAAAAGGUUUCUGGAGAGCAAGCCAAGUUUUAAAAGAACUAGGACAAUUGUACAGAGCUGUGGAUAUAUUGAAUGAAGGAAUAGAUGCUUGUAUGAAAUAUUCUAAUAAGGAUGAUCAGCUGACUUUUUUUACAGAGAUGGCAACAAUUCUUAGCCAUGCCAAAGGUUGCUCAGUUAAUCCAUUUCUUCGAAGCCUAAAACCAAGCGAGAAGUCGACUAAAGUCAAGGUUAUACAAAGAUUGAUAUAUAACAAGGCUUGGGAAGCCAUUAGCUACUUAGUGACAGGAGUAUCCUCUGGGGAUAAUGAUGAAUUAGCAGAAUCAUUUUGUGAUCUAGACUUAUCUUUUGUUCCUGUUGGAGACCUCCUGAGAGAAACAUCAGUAUCUCAGAAGAAAAGCUGGGGAAUACAGUUAGCAAUUGCUCUCCUAGGAUAUGGUUCUUCUUUUGAACAGAUGGAACUAACAUUAGGACAGGCUGCUAUUCACAUUGGAGUCCAGACCGCUUUAGAAACAGGGGAUUUAGAAUUUUUGAAGUUUUUGUUGGCAACUUUCAUUGAUAGUCAAGUCAAAAAAGAUAUGAUAGAUAAAAAUGGUGAUUCGGCUGUCCAUUUAGUUGUAAAGUCCGGGAUGGUUAAUACCACACUUGGAGAAACUAUUUUAAGAUUGUUGAUGAACAGCGGAUGUACAGCUUAUUUGAAGAAUAUGUCUGGACAGCUACCAAUCGAUUACCUAAAACCAACUGACCAGGGCUUUACAUUAUUACAGGCAGCAAAAAAUAAUGCAGAUGAAGAAAUCAGGAAGCAGAUCAUAAUGUUUAAAAAUAAGGGUAACGAUGCACUGAAAUACACCAAUAAUGGCCAGGCUAUACAGAUGUAUACCAAGGGUUUACAACUAUGUGGAGAUAACUCUGCAUUUAAAAGAGAAGCAGCAGUGUUGCUAAGCAACAGAUCAAAUGUCUACAGCAUGAUGGGUAUGCAUAAAGAAGCUUUGAAGGAUGCAGAUGAAUCAAUUAAAAGUGAUAGUUCUUGGUACAAGGGUUACUGGAGAAAAGGUCAGGAAUUGAAACAGAUGAAGAGAUUUACAGAAGCCUAUUCAACAUUCCUUAGCAUGUUUACAUCAUGUUACGAUGUUUACCCUGGAGACAAACUUAACUUCAUGACAGAAGCAGCUGUCUUGUUCAAAGAUAUUCCAGAUUUAGAGAAAAGAGACAAGUACAAGAUGUUGUCACUAGGGGACCAAGAGAUGUGGAGCAAUAUCUUAAUAAAGUUAUCAAAGACAGGUGACUGGCUGACCAUUAGAUAUCUAUUGAUGGGGAUGUCAACAGAUGUUCCUAAAGAUCCUGUUAGCAGAGGAGUAGGGGUAGCAGCUCAGGCAGCCACCAACAGUAUGUCAUUUGGCACCGUAUUUGAAUACCUGAAGACUGUUAGAUAUAUGACAAUACCAGCUAGUUGGUUGACUCCUACAUUGGUAGUGCUACUAUACAGACAUAAAGGAAACUAUCUUAACUUCCUAGCUGAUGAAAGAGAUACCUGUGUACAUGCUGUUGUCAGAUAUGCUCUCAUUACAGGUCAUAUUGAUCUGUUGAAUCUGAUGCCAAUCACAAGUUCACCUUUCCGUGAUGAGUAUUUAGAUGGUCGACGAGAGACGCCAUUCCACAUCAUUACUAAGUAUAAACACACAGAAGAUGUUAGUCUCAUGGUUAAGGUUGCCAGAGUACUUAUUAGGAAGAACUUUACAGCAAGUAUGAUCGACAUGGACAAGUAUUUAGCUAUAGAUUAUGUGAGAGAAGAAAAGCAGAAACCCUUGUAUGAUGUCCUUGCUAAGGUUACAUGGAAGGAAAUGCAUAACUUUAGACAAUACAAAACAGCAGCAAAUAAGCCUUCGUUGUCAACCAAAGAUGAGAAACAACCAAGUGCUCAGUCCAGUGUUCCAAAACCUGGGAACGUUGGUGACCAAGGGACACAGACAAGACCAAAUGAUUCACAAGUCCAUAAAGAUGGACAGGCUACACAAACAAGACAUGUUGAUCCACAAGUUCUUAAAGAAAGAGGGAAUGAAGAAUUCAAAAAGGGAAACUAUUUAAUGGCAGCUGAAAUAUACACUGAGGCUAUUGGUGUACAGAAAGCCAAGAUGAAAGAACAUGUUCAUCAUAGUAGAGAUCUAGCUAUAUUAUAUGGUAAUAGAUCAGAAUGCUUCUUGAAGACCUUUGUAUUAGAUAGAGCUUUGGAGGAUGCUAAGGAGAGUGUUUCUUAUGAUGGUCAUUGGUUCAAAGCACACAUGAAAGUAGGUAAAGUGUUAGCUGCCCAAGAGAUUCAUGAAGGAGCAUUACAGGCCUACACAAAUGCUCUCAAUGAACUGGCCUUAGAAAAGGCACCAGAGAAAUCACAGCGGGAGAUAUUGGCAUCUUACUGUUUCCAUUACAUGAACCUAGAUAAAUACAGAUAUCCAGUUGAAAAGAAAGUGACAGAUAUAAAAAUAGCAACUCACACCUGGGCUAUGGUCACUUAUGAUUUCAUUGCCAAAGGUAACUGGCACAUAGCCACAUUCUCUUACAUACAGUUUGAAUGUGAUCCAAGACCAAGGAACAAAGUAGAAAAGGUGAACCUUCGACCUAUAUGUGUAUUGCAACACGUGAAGAAUUGUGCGUGGUGUAUUGACCUGCUGGAGUACUUCCUGACUUGUGGAUCAGACUACAAUACCAUGACAACCUACACUGGUGACAGAUAUUUCCAUGCUACAAUCAGACUGUGUAUCGCUUCAGAAAAAUUUGUUCUGUUAGAAUAUGUACUUUCAAACAUUGUUGUACAAAAAGGAGACCAAAAUUUGCAGGAUGACAAAGGAAACACAGCUCUUCACACCGUCGCAAGAGACCAAGAAGUAGAUGGAAUAACUAGGCUUAGAUUCAUUAUCAUGUUGAUUGAAGCCGGGGUCAAUCCACUCAUCAAAAAUUAUGAAGGGAAAUAUGGGGUAAUAUACCUUCCAAGAAAUGAACAGAGAGCCAUAGAGAUUCUUAACAAUGUAAUGAGACAACAAGAAGAUGUAGAAAAGAAAAUUAAGCAGCAAAAAAUGCAACAGCAACAACAAGAAGAAGCUAGAAAACAACAAAGUCAGAGCAAACCUAAUGCUUCAGCUACACCUCAAGGGAGACAACCACAGCACAACAGACGACAGGAAGAUGAAACAUGGAAACAGUCUUAUAUGCCUAAACAACCCACAAGACCGGCAUAUGAUAAAUGUCUUAAAUGUGACAGGAUUUUUGAGGAAUGGCAAACAAAAAUCAAAACCAAGACUUGGUAUGCCUAUAUAAACAUGGCAAGUGUGAUCAAAGAGAACAGUCAUAAUAAAGAGAGACAUCAAAAGAUUGUGGAUGAGAUGCUGUCCAUGAUUACAGAUUCUAUUGCUCAAACUCUUAAUCCAGAAAUACCAGAAAGAUUGGUUAGGAUACCUUACAAGUACUACCAGAGAAUUGUGACAGGAUUGGUCAAGGGAGAGAACUGGAGACAGUUGGAUGUUGUAGUUGAUGAACACAGGAAACAUCAUGGUCAGACUGACCUACUUGAUUAUGCUAAGGGUAUCAAACUACCAAGAGUCAUCAUUCAUUCCUCACUCAAAGGAUCUCAUCAGCUUCUGACAAAAAUCAUUGAAUCUAUGCUCAAAAGUGGUGCUGUUAUUGAAAAUGAGGGCAAGAGAUGUAUUCAGACAGCUGUACAGGAGGAACAAUUUAAAGUAUUGGAGACAUUAUUUAACCAUGGAGCAUGUCCAUCACAUCUGUCUGUCAAUCAGGGAGACACUCCAAUCCAUGCUGCAUUAUCUAUAGCAAUAGAAAGGGAUAGAGGGAAUUUCUCAAUUUUCAACCUGUUUUUGGAAAUGUUUGAAAAAGACCCAGAAAAAUACCACAUGUUAGAUCCCAAUGAACAGGAUAAAAAUGGAGACAGUCUGUAUCACCUGGUUGCCAAAAUGAAAUAUAAUUCUACUGUUCAAAAAGCAACAGAACUUCUCUGUGACAAGAAAAUUUCAUCAAAUGUAAAGAACAGUGAAGGCAAACUCCCAAUUCAUUAUUUGAAUGCUAAGAAUGACCGUAGGCUUCAGUUCUUUAGAUUGGCAUCAGUUGGUGGGCCAACCAAAAUUUCAUCCAAAAAACCAAAAGCUACAGGACAGCAAAAAAAGUCUGUUAAAACCAAGGUAGAUAACCAAUCGUCGGAACAAAAUGAAGCAAUUACAGAGGCUGAAGCAGAAGAUCUUCUGCAAUAUGAAAGAGCAGAGGAAGUGCCUACUAUUGUAGAAAAACCUGUCAUCAGACAACCAUUAAGAAAAGAAGCUCUGAGAAGGAGAAUUGAGGAGCUGAUUUAUGAACUGGAUGAUGUUGCUUACAGUAAAUACUCCAGUAGAGCAGAUAAUUUAGAGAAACCCAGUAAAAAGUCCAAAAAAGAAAAAGCAGAACCUCAGACACCUAAACCACAGGAUACAGAUCAAGGACCAGUUACUGUAGAACCUAAAGUGAACCAGGAACCAGAACCAUUGCAGCUGGAAAUAGAACAGGAAUCAGACGAUGAUGAAGAAGAGAGUUUAGAAGAAAAGUUCCAGUUUGAUCCACAAGUAUUUGAAAAUUUAGAAUGGGAGGUUGAAUGUACUGCUGAUGUAUGGAAAGCCUUGAGGGACAAGCAUGUUCUCCCAGAAUUGAAACAAAGGAUUGUCUGUAAGAUUCAGCAUCUGGCAGCUGGAGAAUGGACUCAAAUUCUGUGUAAGAGGCUCCAUCACGUUCCUGAAACACUACGGUUGUAUGAAGCCAAGAUCACCAAAGGAGGUAGAAUUAUAUGGGAACUUGCCAUUGCUUUUUCUCCAAGAUUGAGUGAGUCAGCAGAAAGAAUUCUUGAAUGCAAUGAUGAACAGUUGUCAGAUCGUCCAGUUAAAGGUGGAAAAAUAUACUCAGAAAUCAUAAGAGUAUGGGACAUAGUCUUUGACCAUGACAAAAUCUACAGUUCUGUUCAGAGAAUUGUAAAAUCUCACACUCGUGGUGAGUCUUGUAUCAUACAGAAAAAGCUGAAGGGUGUCAAACAUGAUCAGUAUUCUAAUAAAAAGAAGAGAGUGCCUAGAAUUUAUGCUGAAACAGACUUUGAAAAGAGUGUCUUGGAGGAAGUAAAGCAGUACUUUCCUCCAGCAAGUGCCAACGAGACAGAAUAUCACAUUCUAAAGUUUUAUUCUUUCUCUUCAAAUCUUAUUUCACACAUUUUACAAAACAUAGAAAUCAAAGUAGACUUUCCAUUCCGUGUGACAGACUUGGAACAUGCCAUCAUUAAUCUCCAGUCAAACGCACCUAUCCUUUUACUAGGUCGAAGUGGUACAGGCAAGACAACCUGUUGCCUGUAUAGAUUAUGGAGUAGGUUUUUAUGGUACUGGACAAAAGCUAAGGAGGCUGAUGCUCCACUGCUACCAAGAGGUGAUAUAUACAAAGAACAGAGGAACCAAGUACAGGAUGAAGAGGACCCAGAAGAAGUUGAUGAUGUGUUAAUUGUGGAAGAAAAUGUAGCUGUGGACAGACAGAUAUCCGGAGGAAGUCAAGAUGUAGAGGGAGCCACUGCAGCACCAAAUGAUGAAAAUGAGGCUGGAGAAAUUGAGGAUGUCAACGGACAACAGUAUGACCAUUUACAUCAAAUUUUCAUCACUAAGAAUGCUGUGUUAUGUAAUGAAGUUCAGAAAAACUUCAGGGAACUUAUGCAUGCCUGCGAUUUAGCUAAAAAUCAUUUAGAAGCAGAGAAUCAAAAUUUGCCUAACCGUCUUCAAGAUUUGAAUGAUUACCAGUUUCCUCUGUUUGUAACCUCUCGGCAGUUAUUGUUGAUGCUAGAUGCAUCCAUAGAUGAACCUUACUUUUUUGAUCGAACAGAGGAUGGAAGUUUGAAGGUUGAUAUUCAAGGAUGGACAGAUGGAGAUGGACCUCUCAGUAUUCUUCCAUAUCUUCAAGAAGAUUCUGAUGACGAAAGUGACAGUGAUGAAGAAGAAGAAGAGAUAUUGGAAGAAGAUCAAGAUAAUCAAAACCAAGAUCGUCAAACCAGGAAAAGAGUACCUCCUAGAAGAGAGAUGACAUAUGAAUUGUUUGCUGAAACAGUAUGGCCUCAUAUGAAUAAAGGUGUUGGAAAGAAAUAUCAUCCUUCACUUGUGUGGACAGAAAUAAUGUCAUUUAUUAAAGGUUCAUAUGAAGCUUUAUCCAAGCCAACAGGAUACCUAGAGAAAGAAGAGUACUUUGACCUUGGAAGAAAAAGAGCGCCUAAUUUUUCUGGAGAAAGAGAACAUAUUUACUCUUUGUUCAAACGCUAUGAACAUGCGAGGAAACAGAAGUUCUUGUUCGACGAGACAGAUCUUGUUCGUAACGUGUAUCAGCGUGUGUGUAAACAACAGGAUAUGAACUGGGUGAUUCAUCAGAUAUUUGUUGAUGAAACUCAAGAUUUCACUCAGGCAGAGCUUUGUUUACUUCUGAGAUUGUGUCAGAAUCCCAACGAUAUGUUUCUGACGGGAGAUACAGCUCAGGGCAUCAUGAGAGGAAUAUCCUUCAGAUUCAGUGAUCUCAAAUCUCUCUUCUUCUAUGCCAGUAAUUCAUUACAGGCCAUGGGAAAAACUUCUGGGGUAGCAAUUCCUAAGCAAGUAUACCAGCUGACACACAACUACCGUUCACAUGCAGGAAUUCUCUCCCUUGCAUCUAGUAUCCUUGAUGUUAUGGUUGAAUUUUUCCCAGAAUCCUUUGACAGACUGAACAAAGAUCAAGGACUCUUUAAUGGACCUAAUCCAGUCUUGUUAGAGUCUUGUAGUUUCAGUGACCUGGCUCUGUUACUCAGAGGAAACAAACGUAAGACCUCUCACAUCGAAUUUGGAGCUCACCAAGCUAUCUUGGUUGUAAAUGAUGCAGCAAGAGAGAAUGUUCCAGAAGAACUUCAAUGUGGUCUUAUAUUGACAAUAUAUGAAGCCAAAGGUCUUGAGUUUGAUGAUAUUUUGCUCUACAACUUUUUCAAGGAUUCACAGGCUUCAAAAGAAUGGAGAGUUGUUACAGAUUUCUUAGAGAGACUUUGUAACAGUGUGAAAACUGGAACAGAGAGUUUGGUCACAGUAAGUGCAGACAUUUUGCAACAAAAGGAUAGACCCAGGGCAUUGACCUUUGACCCUAACCAACAUAAAGUGUUGAACUCAGAAUUAAAACAUCUGUACACAGCAGUAACACGAGCUCGGGUGAAUGUCUGGAUUUUUGAUGAAGAUAUGGAGAAAAGAGCACCAAUGUUUGAGUAUUUCAAAGCUCGCCAUUUGGUCAAAGCCAUCAGUAGUGAUGAUGUACAAAAUUUAUCCACUGGUGGAAUGUUUGCGGAAGAAUCUACCCCAGAAGAAUGGUUAAAGAGAGCACAAGACUUCAUGAAACAUAACUUGUAUGAAGUAGCAGCUAAAUGUUAUCGACAAGGAGGUGAACCUUAUAUGGAGAAAGUGGCAAUGUCCCAUCAGAGGGCGCUGAAAGCCUCCAGAAUAAAGGAUAGCCCUACAAAAAUGAGAGAGGAGUUUAUGUUAGCUGCAGAACAGUAUUUAGAAGUCAACCUUCCAGUUUUGGCUGCUAAGUGCUUACAGAAUGCCAGAGAGAGGGAACUUCUAGCUCAUUUAUAUGAAAAAAUGGGUCAGCUUGAAAAGGCAGCAGAAACAUACAGAAAGUUGAGGCGUCCAAUAGAAAGCAGUGCAUGUUAUGAGAGAUUGGGAUUCUUUGACAAAGCUAUAGAUACUUUGUAUGAACAAGAAAUGUAUGACAUGGCAUUUGAUACUCUCAAAAGAUUCAGAAUGCAGAAAAAGGAAUUUGAAGAGAAAGGUAAAGUUCUACCCCAACAUUUGAAGGAGCAUGCUCCACGUAAAGAGCACACAGAGGAACAGUUAGCUUACGUGUCUGCUGGGAUGUACCAUACUGCUAGGAAUGUUGGAAAGAUGUUGGCAUCAUUAAACAGAUUGUCCAGUAUUCAGGACAGAGUGGACUUCUUGAGGAAGCAUCAUAACCAUCAGAAUGAAUAUAUGUCACAUGCUGCUAAAAUUCUUAGAGAUAAUGGACAAGAGAAUGAGGCUGCCCAAUUAUAUAUAGACCAAGGACAGAUAGAUCAGGCACUACUUUUGGCUAGAGAUUUAGGUAGGAAGGAUUGGAUUGGUUACUGCUUGGUUGUAGAAGCACAAAUUCAGACUACCAUUCAGUUUGAUGGAAGUGCCAUUUCUGACAAGAAAGAUGAAGUUGUUGAAAAAGUAAAAGAAGCUUUUGACCUGUUCAAAAACUUGCAAGAAAAAAAUUGUUACAAGUUUGUAGAUUCCCAGAAUGGAGCAGGAGAAGCCAGUCUUUUAUUUGGUCAACUGACACAUGACAUGACUCGUAUAAAUCUUUCAUGGGGAGCUUUUAAUAAGGCCAAACCAUACAGAAAUGAAGUAGCUCAGCUGGAAUGUAUGAAUUGGAUGGUAUACAACUCUGAUCUCACUGACAGAAAAAAUAUGUUCCAGGUUGUCAAAGGCAUGGAAAAUUUAUAUGGUGUGCUGAAAGUCAUAACUAUGCCAGGGUUGGAGGACAAACAGAGGCUAGAUCAGAUUCUUCGGUUUUACGGUCUAGAAAAUAAAACGAACACAGAAAUGAUUUAUAAUCCUACAUUGAAACCAAGAAUUCUAGGAGUAUUGAAAUCACAAGGUGCAAAUAUUAAUGAAAAAUUUGUGAAAAUUGAAAUUUCACAACAGAAAGCCAGAUUCAGUAUUGCACAAGAUUUAUUGACCAAAGGAAAACAUUGGUACAAUAGAUUGUGCUUAGAGUUUGAGAAGCAACACAAGAUGUUAGGUGAAUGUUCACUGUAUAAUAUUGGUAUUGUGGACAAGUGCCAGACACCAUGUUCAAGAGGACUACACAACCAGUUGUCAGAUGCCAACUUUAGAAAGUUGAUUGAAUUAGAUGUGCUUUUUGUUGAAAUGGAGAGUUAUGUUCAAUCUGGGGCAAAAAGAAUUUCAUCAAUGCCUGAUGAGCUGAAGAGGCUACAAGAAACAUUCCUUCAUCCCAAAGAAAAUGAUUACAUGUCCUGUAAGCUUCUAUUAAACAGUAUAUAUACAAGAUUCAGUCGGAAAGAAGGUAUUACCAUAUCAACCAGUAGUGAAGCAUUUCGUUUGAAGAAAAUGUUUUGUCAAAAGAGGUAUGUAAGAAUUCAGCUUGAAAGAAUGCUAGGAACAAAUUAUGACAGGGUCAGAGACAAAAACAAUAAAAUUAGAGAGAAAAAUGUGGAACUUUUCAUGAAUAUGAUCUUUAUUAUUAACUUCUUCAAUAUUUCAACAAUUCCUCUUAGCAACAUCUUGAAGCAAUUUGAACAGGACCUCCUUACUGAAUAUAGAAAUGAACGCAUGUCCACAAGAUACUUGGAAGAGUUGGGGUUUCUGUUGGAAAAGGAUUUAGUUCACUGCUUAGUGCGAAGAUUUCUUGAAGCUUAUGAAUACCUUUCAAGCACAAACAAUAAUCCUGAUUAUGCCUUGCGACAGUUUUCCAAAUUUAUCCAGUUAGAGAGGAGGAAGAAUCAUGUACCAAUGUUACCAGACCUAAAUAAUCUGAUGAUGUGGAUUGAGUUCUUUUCAGUUACUGCUUUCUGUUUGGAAUGUAAAUUUACAACCAGACAACAUAUGUCCUUUGUCAUUCCUGCAUCAUACCUUUCCAUUGUCAAUUUUGUGGAUGCAAGCUUCCUUGGUGAUCAAGGAGUUCCUACCUUUGAAGCUAUCAAUAGAUAUAAUCAUGUUCCUGAGCAGGAUCUGAUAAGAAACCGGACAGAAAGACUUGUUGGUAUUUUGGCUGGUACAGAUAGGAAAAUAAACAUCAUUCGAUUAGUAUUUCAUAGAUUGACAGAAAGCAUGAAAGAUUGUCAGCCAUUGGAUGGCCUUGAAGAAGAUGAUACUACUCUACCAUUUGAAUAUUCGAAAGAAAGAAUUGAAAGUAUAACAAUUGCAGAAAGGGUUCUUAUGGCAAGUUUGGUGUUUGUCUGCAACAUGGGGCAAAUGGUAUAUACAGACUCAGAAACACAUGUUAUUGGAGAAAUAUGCAGAAUUAGGUUACCAGAGCAUUGCCCAGAAAGGUUAGCACAAGCAGUCAGAGGUGUACAGACAGCAAAAGGCAUAGCGGAUGUUGUGGAUUGCCUGAAAGCCUUACUUGUUCAGAGAGAGGAAAAACUGUUACAUUGUUGGUGGCAGUCAAGGCAGAGUCGAAGACAUGGUAUUGAAUUAGACACUGACAUUGAUAUGUCAAUAUUUCAGGACUCUUUCUUUCUUCCUAAAACUAAAGAGGUCCUUGUUAAUCCAGACACUUUCAUCGCUAGCCAAACUAAUAUUGAUGACGAAGAAACUGCCACAUCCACUGAAGAAAAGGAAAAAAUAAGAGCUGAACAUGAGGAAUAUGAAGAGCAACAAAAAAAGACAAAAUCAGCUCAAACCAUUCUCAAUUUCCUAAAACAUGUAAAAUUCUUGUCAAAUUGCCAGAAUUUGCGAGAACUUUGUGAAAUAGAGCAGGUAAAAAUGGACAAAUCAAGAUCAGCAGACAUAUUCAGAGAUAUCAUUGUAAAUGAUAAAAUGUGUGGUAUUUGUGGAGCUUAUUUCAAACCAGAAGAAAGAAACAUUGAGCCUGAACAAGACUUAGAAGAAGUCUUAUCUGACCAUGAAUAUCCCAGUCUACCACAAUCAAACAAUCAGCCUAUUUCUCCUACAACAUCUGGUAACAUUCUUCACAAACUGUUUAGUGGAAUUAAAAGCUUUGUUGUGGAACCUGACAAUCAGACAGGAACUACAUCACAAGAAAAUACAGAAAUAGUGGAAAGUCAUUGUGGAUUGACUCCAUUACAAAAACAUGAGAGAUUAGAGAGUCAUUUAAGUAAACAGCAAGAGUUCAAACUUUUCCAGAGUGCUUACAAUAACUACCUGAAGAAAGAUGUGGAUGAUAUGAAAAUCUUCAUAGAAAAGUAUGAACUCAAGUCUUCUAAAAUAAAGAACCUUUAUCCAGACAGUACACUGACUAUUGUUCAUACAACAACAUCAUACGACAAUGUCAUGAAACAUAUAAGCAAAAUUUUGGAGGAUAGAGACUGGCAAGACCGUAAGCUUCAACAAAUGGUAAAGGAAAUGAUAGGAAGAGGGAAUGAGAUAUAUGAUUAUGUAUUAGAUAGAUAUGAACAACAAUCAAAGGUCUCUUCAAAGAAGACACCAGUUCAGCAAUAUAGACAGGAAGAUGAUUAUAAUGAUGCUGACAACUAUGACGAUUUUGAGCCAGUGGUGCCUGGACCAAAGACUAAAGAAUUUGUCAACAGCAAGUACAAACAGGCAGGAAAAAGACGUGGAAAAUGAAGGAAAUCAUGUUUAUGAAUCAGAUCAAAAGAUUUAUAAAUACCGUCCCUUAAUGCAUGUUUGCCUUUAAUUUUGAUAUUUUAUUUAUAUUUGAUAAAGAUGUUGCUUUAUGAAGAUAGUUUUGUAAGCUUAAGUGUUUCUUGAGAUCCUAUUUUGUUUGUUUUAUAGUAAUUUCCUGAUGUGAUUAAGUAAAAUGGAAUUUGGAAAAAAAGAAAUGAUUAAUAUAUAGAUUUUUUUUUCUUUGACAUGAAAUAUUUUGGUUUCUAUUUACAUUUAUACAGAACUAAUAACCUGUUUACUUUGACAAAAGUGUUCCAUCCUGCACUAUUUUUUUUUAAAGUGUAUUGUAAAGUACAAGGAACCUUGUAUGUAAGAACAGAUUAUGUUAUAUUCCUACUAUUUUUCUCACACAAAAAAGCAUUGUUUAAGAAAUCUUUUGUGGGGAAAAAAAUAAAUCUAAUUAAAUAUGUGAUUAUUGUAACAACAAAAUGUAAAACUGACUUAUUUACAUUUCACAGUGAACCAAAUAAAUGACUGUCUAUCUCAGUGGCAAUUAUUGUGAGUGACUCUGACAGUCUUUUUCAACUUUUAUUACUGUUUAACAAACUGUUUACAAGAGGUCUUUUUUUUUAAAUAUCAAGAACUGUGCUAUUUGAAUCAAUGGGUAUAAUGUAGUCUUUGGCAUUCCUAAUUAUGAUGAUGAAUUUUAAAACAUUUAAUUAACAAUGAGCAGUAUUUGGAAUGAAUGAAAAAUCUUCUCUGCACAUGUAUAUAAAAAAAUGUAUGAUUAAUUCUGUUAUGGAAGAAGAGAAGAUUCCCGCGAAGUUAUUAUUUGUUCAAAUAUUAUUGGCCAAAAUCAUAAGCACUUUUCUCUUUGUUUAAGUUCAAUAUUUUCCCAUGUUUGAUCUGGGAACAGUAUAUCUAACGGGAAAUGAAUCUGAUACGCUUUUCAGUAUAAAAUUGAUAAAAUCUCGGACUCCCCGAGAUUUACGGAUUUUGGUAGCGUCUGACUGAAAAACUAUCAGAACUGCUCAACAAAUAAACCACAUAACUCUAAUUGUAAAUAAAUACAAGUUUUAUCAUUUAGUAGAUAUAUUUUGUCAUAUAAAAUUACCAAAAUAAGUUUUAUUUAUUUGAUGUGAAGUGUUUUAUAAUAGUUUGGGAAUUUGUAAAUCAUCGCGGCAAUGGCCGCCAUUUUUUUAUUACCUUGUUUGCAUUCUGCACAAUUCUGUGAUGAAAUGCUUGCGAUUUUAACAAAUUUGAAGUGACAGAAUACAAGUUUGAUACACUAGCAUCACUAUAAAACUAGUUUGAAUGACAUUUUAUUGAUAAUAUCAGAAAUUAUUAGGAUAAUAGCGAGUCCGUUUUUAACACAUGUCCGUUUCUGUAUCGUAUCUUUAUUAACUAUGGCACGACGAUUAAAUCGACGACAAUCAGGUAGUGUCAAGUCCCGUCAAUAUAUAUGUUCCUGGUUUGAUGGAAACAAAAUUAUUGUGUUUGAUAAUUAUGAAUUAUUGAUCCAGAUAAAAACAGUAUGAAAUCCAUUGUUAAUAUGGGUUGGUCAGAGGUAGCAAUUUCCCCUUUAUGAAAAGGAUAAAAAAAAAAAACAAGCCUUAUUUGGCCUUAUAUUGAAUCAUAUAAAAAAAAUUAUGUAAAUUUUGGGUUAAAUAAUUCAUAGGUAUAUGCAAAGUUUUAACAGUAGUCAGAUUUAAAUAUUCUUUGAUAUUUCAAGGAUGAUGUUAUAAAUUUUAUGUUCCUUUAAGAAAUGACAACAAUUGCUUAGUUUUACUACAUUUUGUCAACAUCUUAUAACCAAGUUAAUAUUUAAAAGUCUGUUUUUCUUUUCAUCAUUAUACAACUUUUUGAAAUGGUUAAAAAAUUGAAUUUCCAAAAAGGUUGUUUCAGCUUGUAAACUGUUGUCUUGAUUAUAAGGUAUUCUACUGAUUGUUAUGUAAAAUAUCAGGGGCGAGUUACAAUUUGGUGAUUAUUGUAGCAAACAAGUAAACAGGUUUUAUUGUGUAGCUUGAAUCUUUUAUUAAGGAUGUUCGCUACUCUGUUUCAAAAUAACAAGCUUUAAAAAAGACUGUUAUAAAUUGAUAGUAUAUAAAUAAAGGAACUAAGAAAGCAGAUAAAAAUGAAGGGUCCGUGUGCUUAUUUUCGAUAUAUAAGCCAUUGAAAAUUUGGCGGGAAAUGAAUCUCUCUAGAUUUUUCAUACUUUUAACAUUGGCACCUUUUUUCUGUCUAAAAGUAUGUAAAAAUAACAAGGAUUUAAUAAGAUUUUCAAAGAUGGCAUUUUAAACUAUAUUUAAUCAAAUAAUGAAAAGAAAAGUAGGGGUUAGUGGGCAAAAAGUUUUAAUGGCACUACAUGGAUAAAACCAGAGGAUUCCGAAUAUCUGGCAAAAAUUCAAAAACAAGAGGAGUGAACAUCCUUAAGUCACAACCCACAAUUCAAAAUUUAAUAAUGUGAAUUUUCCUUCCUUGACCUCCUACUUAUGUUUUUACUACAAGAAAGCUGAUCAAACUUUCUUUUUAAGGGGUUGGGUAUUUUUCAGUUUCAAUAAAGAGGAAUCAAAUUUAAAGAAAGUAAUACUUACACAAACCAAAUUGUGGACUUUAUCACAUAUUAGGACCACUCUGUCUCAAGUAGUAUCAUUGCACCUUCACAGCAUUAGGUUGACCACUUGGAAAAUACUCUAUAUCAUUAUACAACCAGAUUUUAUUAUUCAAAGCAACAGCCUAUAAAAUACCAAUAUUCUUAUAUAAGAUUGUUUGCAACCCUUUGUAUAGUAAUUAAAAUUUGUUCAAAAUUUUAUUUUGUUGGUUAAGAAAUAUAAAGAAAUACAUGUAAUAAUUAUAUUUUUUAGCUCCGAUAUUCUGAUUUCAUACUGAUGUGGUUUGUAAGAAAGUAUAUGGGAAGUUGGGGAAAAGAGGAAAUAUUUUUUUAAAUUUCAUUUAAAGUUUGCUCAAAUAUGUACCUUUGUAAAUACUGUAGCAGGUCAAUAUAAUACCUUUGUUGGAUGAGUUGCAAACUUCUAAUUGUAAGACUGUUUGAAAAAUCAGUAUUUGAAUAAUGUUUCCAGUGUUUUAUUCAUUUUAUGAAUCAUAUUUUGAUCUGAGGUCCUGUCUAUUCAGGUAGUCAAUAAAAUCUUGGUAAAUUGAUUUAUACUGCAAUCAGCCAACUAUUGUGCAAAUGGCAGAAAAUAUGUUUUUGUUUCUUUUUAGCUCACCUGGCCCAAAGGCUUUUCUCAUUACUUGGCGUCCGUCGUCGUUAGCUUUUUACAAAAAUCUUCUCCUCUGAAACCACUGGGCUAAAUUUAACCAAACUUGGCCACAAUCAUCAUUAGGGUAUCUAGUUUAAAAAAUGUGUCCGAUGACCCCGCCAACCAACCAAGAUGGCCGCCAUGGCUAAAAAUAGAACAUAGGGGUAAAAUGUAGAUUUUGGCUUAUAUCUCUGAAACCAAAGCAUUUAGAGUAAAUCUGACAUAGGGUAAAACUGAUUAUCAGGUCAAGAUCUAUCUGCCCUGAAAUUUUCAGACAAAUCUGACAACCUGUUGUUGGGUUGCUGCCCCUGAAUUGGUAAUUUUAAGGAAAUUUUGCAGUUUUUGGUUAUUAUCUUGAAUAUUAUUAUAGAUAGAGAUAAACUGUAAACAGCAAUAAUGUUCAGCAAAGUAAGAUCUACAAAUAAGUUGUCAUAACAAAAAUUGUCAGACGACCCCUUUAGGAGUUAUUGCCCUUAAUAGUCAAUUUUUAACAAUUUUUUGUAAAUUUUUGUAAUCUUUUACAAAAAUCUUCUUCUCUGAAACUACUGAGACAAAUUUAACCAUACUUGGCCAUAAUCAUUAUUAGGGUAUCUAGUUACAAAUAUUUGUCCGAUGACCCCGCCUUCCAACCAUCAUGGCCGACUUGGUUAAAAAUAGAACAUAGGGGUAAAAUGCAGUUUUUGGUUUAUAUCUCUGAAACUAAAGCAUUUAGAGCAAAUCUGACAGGUGGCAAAAAUGUUCAUCAGAUUUAGAUUUAUCUGCCCUGACAUUUUCAGACGAAUCAGACAACCCGUUGUUGGGUUGCUGCCCUCUGAGUUAGUAAUUUUACAAAAAUUUUGCAGUUUUUUGUUAUUAUCUUAGAUAUCAUUAUAAUAUCUAAUAUCUAAUACUAUUAAUUAUGAUUUUAACCUUAUUUUUAUACGCCCGUUUACGGGACGUAUUAUGGUAUACCUCUGUCCGUCUGUCCGUCCGUCCGUCCGUCUGUCCGUCCGUCCGUCUGUCCGUCCGUCGUCAACAUGUCGGACAUUAACUCAAAAACGCUUUAACCAAUUUGCAUAAAACUUUGGUGAAUUGUUUAUAUCUAUUGACGUGAGCUCCCUUUCGUUUUUUAUAAAUUUUAGAUUUUACGUUUCCGAGUUAUGGGGUUUUAUUUAUUAAAAAAAGGGAGAUUUUCCAGUUUUCAGACAAUAACUCAAGAAUGCUUUCACCAACUUGCAAGAAAUUGUGGUGAAUUGUUUAUAACUAUUGACAUGAGCUCCCUUUCGAUUUUUAUAUAUUUUAGAUUUUACGUUUUCGAGUUACAGGGUUUUAUUCAUAAAAAAAGGGGGAUUUUCCAGUUUUCAGACAAAAAAUCAAAAUUGCUUUCAGCAGUUCUUAUGAAACUUUGGUGAAUUGUUUAUAUCUAUUGAGGUAAGCUCCUUUUAGAAUUUUAUAAAUUUUACAUUUUACAUUUCUGAGUUAUGGGGUUUUAUUCAUUAAAAAAGGGGGGAUUUUCCCGUUUUGGACAAUAACUCAAAAAUGCUGUCAGCAAUUCUCAUGAAACUUUGGUGAAUUGUUUAUAUCUUUUGAUGUAAGCUCCCUUUACAUUUUCAUAAAUUUCUAAUAUGACAUUGAGAAUUAAUUGUGAACUUUAAUUGUUUAUAGUCUGACAACAGAUUUACUAAGUAUUGCGCAACAGUGUAUUGCACAACAGCAAGAAAUCUUUAAUUGAAUAUAAUUUCAAUUCAAUUCAUAUAACCAAUUUCAAGUUCUUUGACUACAUUUAUUCAGAAACCUAUAAUAUGUCAAAUAUUUGAUACAAUCCUAAUUCAGACCUGUAUCAAGCUUGAAUAUUGUGUCCAUUUUUGCCCCAACUGUUCAGGGUUGGACCUCUGCGGGCGUAUCCAGCUGCGCUCAGCGAAGCAGUUUAUUCAUGAUUUCCAAAGCAUCAGUAAAUACAGGUGAGCGACACAGGCUCUUGAGAGCCUCUAGUUAUAAAGUGUUUUGUUAUCUUGCUUUAGCCUUGAGCGAAUUGCAGUUUUAACAUUACUGUUCAAUUUUGGGUCCUCUCUGCAGUUUGUGUUUAACCAUGUUGAUUUCUGUAUAAAACCUAAGAAAACAAUUUGGAAUUAAAAACAUUAAAGUGCCAGGAUAAAAAUAAUAUAUGUAUAUUGUUGGAUGAUUGCUACAAAACAAGAGAAAAGCUUGGCCAGCCUUGCCUUUCCAUCUGCUUCUAAAAUCUUGUGCAAAUGAAUUUUAUGUUUACUGAAAAUGUUCAUUUAUUGUGCACCUAUAUUGUAUUAUGGAAUCAAUGAAAAUAUACUUAUUAUAUUAAAAGCCUUGUGGAGACAAGUGAAUCUUUAGUAUAUAUCUCCACUUAACAUUUACAAUUCUGCUGUGAAUUAAAUUACCAAUGAAAAGUACUAAUCUUUUGUUAUGGUCUCAUAAGGUUGUCACAUGUAUAGAAAAGGAAAAAAAAUAUAUUUUAGGGUAAAAAAGCUUUUUUUGAAUAAAUGGUAUUAAAGUAGAAAUCAUCAGAAAUUUACAAAAUAAUUUAAUACAUUCAUAUUUAUUGGCAUUAUAUAAAUGUAGAUUACUUCAGCAGAGAAUUGACUAUUUAAGUACCCUUUAUGAAUAUGGAUGUAUAUAUAUAACUGUAAGCUACUAGGAAACUUGCUUUGAUUGAUUAAUUAGUUUUAUUAAUUAAACUGCAAUUUUGUGUCAGACAGGACAGUUACUGAUGAAGUGUAGUUCUUUAGAAAAAAUCAAUGGUAAUUUGAAAAGGGCAAACUUAAUAAGAUUGUCUUACAUCUAAUGUACUGCUACUGGGAAAAAUUUUAUCAAGCCUACUUAGUUUUUUACCAGCAUAUAGGAUGAACAAGCUCAUCUUAAUUAAAUAUUCAAUUCAGUCUGACAGCUUCAGACGUUCUCAAUGUUGACUUUUUAUACAACUGUAAAAAAUUUGCGUUCAUAUAAUGCUAUCAUGUCGUCGUCCAAAGACACAUUUGGUUUCCGGACGAUAACUUUAGUUUAAGUGAAUGGAUCUCUGUGAAAUUUUACCAGAAGGUUCAAUACCACAAAAGGAAGGUUGGGAUUGAUUUUGGGGGUAAUUGCCCUAAAUGUUCAGGAAUUAGGGGCAAAAAGGGGCCAAAAACACGCAUUUUUCUAGUUUCCAGACAAUGACUUUUGUUUAAGUGUAUGGAUCUCUCUGAAAUUGUACUACAAGGUUCCAUACCACAAAGGGAAGGCUGGGAUUGAGUUUGGGGGUAAUUGCCUUAAACAUUUGGAAAUUAGGGCCAAAAACAAGCAUUUUUCUAGUUUCCAGACAAUAACUUUUGUUUAAGAGUAUGGAUCUCUCUGAAAUUGUACUACAAGGUUCCAUACCACAAAGGGAAGGCUGGGAUUGAGUUUGGGGUUAACUGCCAAACGUUUAGAAAUUAGGGGCAAAAAAGUGGCCAAAAACAAGCAUUUUUCUAGUUUCCAGACAAUAACUUGUGUUAAAGUUUAUUGCACUCUCUGAAAUUAUACAUUUUUCCUGAAAAGAAAAUAAUCUUCAAAUUUUCAAAAAAAAAAUUUUUUUCUCUAAAUUUUUCAUUUUUUCUGAUUUAUAUAUAAAAGCAACAAAUACUGAUAUGGCAGGAGAUACACACCAGUAUUGCACAAUAGCAAGAAAUCUUCAAUUGAAAAUAAAUACAAAUCUUUUAACCAAUUUCAAUGGGAUUAAAUUAAGUCUUUAAUUUUGGGGGUUCUAACCUUGUAUUACUAUUUUGGAUAUUUAAAUAAGUCUUGCUUUGUAAUAACACAUACUAUUUUGACUUAAUUUGAGUUAGGCUGUCUUUGACCUCUAAAUUAUAUCCCUGGAAUCAGGUAAUCACUAAUUUUUUUUUUAAUUUAGCCAUUUUAUAUCAGAUAAUUCCAUCAAUUUUUAACCCUAAGCCAUGUGAUAAUAAGUAAUACAAUUUUUGUUUACCUAUGGUCAUUUCAUUUUAAAAAGGUAAUAGCCAUGAGCAUAUGAAAACCAGUCAGUACCCUUUUUAUUUUGCGGUUGUAUAUUGGUAUGACGUUGGCGUCGUCGUCCGAAGACACAUUGGUUUUCGUACUCUAACUUUAGUUGAAGUGAAUGGAUCUCUAUGAAAUUUUACCAUAAGGUUCAAUACCACAAAAGGAAGGUUGGGAUUGAUUUUGGGGAUUAUGGUACCAAUAGUUAAGGAAUAAGGGGCCAAAAAUAAGCAUUUUUGUAACUUCCAGACAUAACUUGUGUGUUAGUGUAUGGAUCUCUCUGACAUUGUACCACAAGGUUCCAUAUCACACGGGGAAUGCUGGGAUUGAUUUUGGGGGUAAUUGCCUCAAAAUAUUAGGAAUAAGGGGCCAAAAAAAGGAGCAAAAAACAAGCAUUUUUCUAGUUUCAGGACAAUAACUUGUGUGUAAGUGUAUGGAUCUUUCUGAAAUUAUACUACAAGGUUCCAUAUCACAAAUGGAAAGCUGGAAUUGAGUUUGGGGGUAAUUGCCCAAAAAGUUUAGGAAAAAGGGGCCAAAAAUAAGCAUUUUUCUAGUUUCCAGACAAUAACUUGUGUUCAAGUGUAUGGAUCUCUCUGAAAUUGUACUGCAAGGUACCAUACCACAAAGGGAAGGCUGGGAUUGAUUUUGGGGGUAAUUGCUUCAAAAUUUUAGGAAUUGGGGGCAAAAAACAAGCAUUUUUCUAGUGUCAGGACAAUAACUUGUAAGUGUAUGGAUCUUUAUGAAAUUGUACUACAAGGUUCCAUAUCACAAAGGGAAAGCUGGGUUUGAGUUUGGGGGUAGUUGCCCUAAAUGUUUAGGAAUUUGGGGCCAAAAACAAGCAUUUUUCUAGUUUCCAGACAAUAACUUGUGUUCAAGUGUAUGGAUCUCUCUGAAAUUGUACUGCAGGUACCAUACCACAAAGGGAAGGCUGGGAUUGAGUUUGGGGGUGAUGAAUCAUAAGGGGGUUCAAAAAAUUGGGGGGGGGGAUAUUUUUUUCUUUAAAAUUUUCCAUUUUAAAUUGGUUAUUUCUGAUUUAUAUAUAAAAGCAAAUAUAAUGAUAUGGUUUGAAUAGGUAAAUUAAAAAAUUUUAAGUUCUUAGACCACAUUCAUUCUGUGUCAGAAACCUGUGCUGUGUCAAAUAUUUAAUCACAAUCCAAAUUCAGUGCUGUAUCAAGCUUGAAUGUUGUGUCCAUACUUGCCCCAACUGUUCAGGGUUCGACCUCUGCGGUCGUAUCAAGCUGCGCCCAGCGGAGCAUGUUAUUUAGACUUGUGUACUGUGAAAUCACGUAAUUUUUAGAUUUUAGAUUCCCUGUUUGUCUUGAUUUUUCAAACUCUGCCUUUGUGAAAUGUUGAAAUAUUAGAUAAGUUCAGUUGAUAAUAGCUUUAUAAUGUUCAUAUUCCACUCUCUAUAUAGAACACAAUAUUAUAUGUAGUUACAUGAUUACAUCACACUACAAAUGUAAAUAUGUUAUUGCUAAGAAGUUUUUUCUUUAUAAAAUAUGUUUUUGAGAACAUUUUGUAAAAAUGUUUCUGAGGUUGUUUUUGUUAAUUUUUGUUUAAUUUCAAAUAAAUUGUUUCUUAAAACAU